AUUACCUGAAGCAUUCCUAUCCAGGUAGCAGAAAUGGAAAGAUCGCGAACGGCUCGCCGCGGCCGGCCACAAAUUCAAGAUGGACAGACCGUCGUCGAUAUUCAGCAGGUCAGUCGGGCCGGGCCUAACAGAGGGACCAUACUUCGCUUCGCUAAACAAAGCUAAUAAGGGCAUAGCCGCCUGAGAAGAAAAGGCUACGGAUGCGCCUUGCACAGAGGUCGUACCGUGCGCGGAAAGAAGAAGCACAACAAUUAGAAAGGAUCCGAGGUGAAGAGCUUAGCAGUGCUCUUGAUAACGCAUUUGAAAUUUUUUCCACGCUCCAUGAUCGUAUUCUUGAUACCCCGCAGAUACGAAAUUCACCGGAUAUUCUCUUCCAUUUGAACGACGCCGCCAGACGAAUGACUGCCAUUGCAUCUAGCAGGGGCAAGUUCUUACCCUUGUCACAUGGUGUGAUGAAUUCAAGCCAAAUUUCUACUGAACAAGCACAUGAAACGAAGAGUCGACCAACUACAACUGGUGUGCUUAGAGAACGAGACAAAGCGUGGAGUCCGCCGCUUUCACUUCAAGAGCGGCUGGCUCCAGGCCAGUUAGUUACCGGUGAUUCCAGGGUUAUGGUCAUAUCUCUAUGGACCAAUACCUCCAAUCGGAUCCCAAUGCCAGCCAGGAUUAUUCGAGCCUGCUUCAAGCGUGCGGUAACUAUCUUAUCUGAUAGCACGGUGCAUGGGAACCAACCAUCGGCUUUAGCUCUUCCUCUUCGCUUGCUAGGAAGGGACACACUAAUGGCAAAUUCUUUGCAAGGUCUGGAAUCAUUUCAUCCUUCCGUGGCUGAUAUCCUAUAUCCGUUACACUCCGCUCCCAGGCAACCGCAUAUGUACCGCGUCGUUGAAGGCGGGACCAGGACCGUGCGAAGAGCACCAGCUCCGUUGGUGCAGCAGAUAGAGAGAGGUAAAACAAGGACAAUACUAGACACGAGUUUUGCACCACUCCGAGGAGAAUGGCUCGAAGCCGUGGAUGUGGAGGAGUACCUGGAAGACCGAGGAAUCUAUGUGCGAAACGCUGUCGGGAACGGCACGACAUCGAGCGAAGAGACUUCGUAUGAAAAGCUCUUCCCAGACAUCGAGCAGGAUAUACCCAUACUCACUCCGUUAGGUUCUGUGCCUGGAAAAGAAUUAGCCUUGACCAUCAACGGUAGUACUCCCUCGCAACUAGGUAGCAUGGAGCGGUCCCCUUCUGUCUCUUUAUCGGCGGAUUUCCAUGGGCACGAGCCUUCAGACUAUUCCGUCUUCGGGCUUCCGAGGCCGAGACAAUGGCGCUCUAACAACAGCCAACACCUCUCAACCGCUAUGACAGGUGUUCCCUCAACUGACGUAUCGAGUGCCCCGCUGUUGAACUUUAAGCCUCAGGACGCCCAGGUUCCUACGAAAGCCUCCCGAAUCCACGUCAAUCUUGAUAAGCUAGUGCAUCUCCUCGCGGAAAACGCUAUGUGCCUUGGCCCCGUCCCCGGGAUUAGGAAGGCUGCCGUGGAUGCCUCGAUUCGGGGGUCUAUCAUUUUGGCUUGAAAUUAUAUAUCGUUAUUCCUAAAAUAAUUUUGUAACGCAAGUGGACGUUAAGGUGCUUUGGCCACUGCAAAAUCUUAGGCUACGUACGUGUAGUCGAU